AGCCGCGAUAGGUCUGGCGAAGACCUGCCCCGCGGUAACUGUUUGUGGACCGUGGGUGCUGUCGAGGAGUUGCUUAGACCAGAAUGUCACUGUCCAUUAGGGACACCUCUCAUGACAAUGGCAGUGCUGGUUGCCCAACCGUUUGGUACAAUAAGGUCAAGUCAGCCAUGAUGCUUCUAUGGCUGAUUUUGACUUGCAUGGACUGGAAUGUGUGGCGUGCCAACAGGGGCUCCUUCUGGCUGCUCUCCGUCCUUGUUAUGACCAACGUGUGGGGCUGGCUGGAUGCUGUUUUGCGGUAUCCGGUACUGCAUGACGUGGACAGCUUUUUUGUCAUAAAGCAGCUUGGCGUUAUCUUGUUGAAAAUGUCGUGGCUGAUCACGGUUUUCUCGCAGAAAAAACUCAGUGCUUCUGGCUUCGUUGCCUCUGCGAUGCUGACGAUUGUGCUGCCCAUGUUUUAUUGCAUGUUGCUGCCCCUUGAUGAGAACCAGCAGGUGUAUAACAUCAUCAAGUCUAGCUGCAACAACGAGGACCUGUUCAAGCGCGUUUGGCGCUUUUUCCUGCAUCCGCGGCAAAAGUCGAAGGAGUGCGUCAGAGUCCUCAGCAAGAAUCAUUACUUGGCCCUCAAGAGAGGCCUGGAGGAGAUCGCUGAGCGAAGUCCCUGUGUGGCUGAAAAGCUGGGGGAGAUCAGCCCCAAGAGUCGGGCCAUGCUGCGCAAACCCGGGCGCAGCGUUUAGCCAGAAUUGCUUUAGAAGUGAACGAAUCGUUCAAUCAGUUAAACCCUGGGACCUGGGACACAACAAAAUUCGGUUGUUCCCGCCCAGAACUUAAAAGAUGAUACCGAUGUCGAAUCAAA